AUGACGUGGCUCAAUACAGGCAGCAAUACCAAGACACCAGCGGAGACAAAUCGAAUCGUAGAGGAGAUCAUCAACGGCGACGGCUUCAAGCAGUCAGACUUUAAGGAUUUUGAUGCCGUUCGGGAGACCAAGCGAUACGAUGCGUCUGAAGAAGGGCUGGAGGGUACGGCUUUUGCUGAUGGCUUCGUGGCGGCUACUGUUGAGAUCGAGGUCCCCUCUGGCGACAAAACAAAGCCGUCUCGCUGGUUUUCUGUACCCGGCCUUCAUUACCGCCCUAUUCUCUCUGUCAUCAAAGCCGCCUUCGCAGAACCACUCGCCGCACACUUCCACUACUCCCCGUUCGAAGUCUGGUGGAAGUCGACGGUGAGCGGAAAGGAUGAACGUGUUUACGGUGAACUAUACAACAGCACGGCAUGGUUGGAAGAAGACGAGAAGGUCCAACGGCGUGCACCGCCUGAUCCUAGUGACCCGAGCUGCAAGCGAGAAAAGAUCCUUGCUGGUGUCAUGCUUUGGUCGGACUCAACUCAUCUGGCGAACUUUGGGACGGCGAAACUCUGGCCCAUCUACCUCUUCCUCGGAAAUCUGUCAAAGUAUCUACGUGCGAUGCCGACUUCCGGUGCAUGUCAGCAUUUGGCGUACAUCCCAUCGCUUCCUGAUAGCUUUGAUGACUGGAUUUCGGGCUUCAACGAAAAGUGGAAAACCCAGCAGUCUUCCAUUCUCGCCCAUUGUCGUCGAGAACUGAUGCACGCAGUUUGGAAGCUGCUCCUUGACUCCGAAUUCAUCCACGCAUAUACCUAUGGUGUUGUGAUCAAGUGCCUCGAUGGAAUCGAACGCCGUGUUUUCCCCCGCUUCUUCACAUACUCCGCGGACUACCCCGAGAAGAUCCUCCUGGCAUCAAUCCGCGACAACGGAUUGUGCCCUUGUCCUCGCUGUCUGGUACCAAAAAGCGAGCUCGAUCGGGUAGGCUUCAUCCACGACUUCUCUCGACGGGUCUCGAGAGUUCGGGAGUAUCUCUUGGACAAGGUGAUUCUCGCACGCGACUGUAUAUAUAAUCGGGGAUUCGGAAUCAAGAGUGCCGCUGUUGAACGUGUGCUCAAAGCCACAUCAUCAGCACCGACUAUGAACGCAUUUAUCGAGAAAUUCGGCCCCGACUUCAGCCUCUCGCGUCUCCUGGUCGUGGAUCUCCUGCAUGAGAUCGAACUAGGUGUCUGGAAGGCCUUGUUCACUCACCUGAUUCGUGUACUGUACGCUGCUGGUGUAGAGAAAGUAUCGCUAUUGAACUCCCGGUACGUUGUCACCGUCGAGUAUUCGGCAUUGACUUUUGUCUUCUAUCCCAUGCUAAUUCAUUGA